AUGACAGAUCUCAAGACACUAGAAGCGACAAAGCUCGUGGCGCGUAGCAAACGAUUUCUUUACGGAGUAACGGCUGCUUUAACUGGAACGUUUCGAGCACUAGCAGACAAUGAAGUGCGCAGUGUCUUUUGGAGAAACAUGAAGCUUUUGCUGAUUCUGGCUUUUGUGCUAUCUGCUGUGAUGCACCUUGUGCUGCUGCCCGUCGAGUGGAUCAGUAUACUCUUUCUCAAGCCAGAAACAGUGGAUGCCAGUGUGCGUGCUUUCCGCUACACUGCUGCCUCGAUAGUCCCGUUCCUACUCGUUGGAGUAUACCGCUAUUUUAGCGUUAAAGUAUUUGAAAACGCCUUUUUUGCGGGACUGGCGACACGUGAUCCGAAACUCGCCAAGAUGAUCCAAAAGAGAAAAGCAAUCUACUGGGACUGGGAAUAUAUCCGCCAUUUGAUGCGUUUCGGACUCCGUCAGCUAGGCUUUGGACUCGUGGCUCUGGCUGCAAAACCACUUUUGGGUGUAUUGAUACCCGUCGUGCAAUUUGGCUAUCGUAUUCGCCACAUGGAGAAGGUGUUCGUUGUGCCCAUUUUCGUCGCAUUUGUCUUCCCAGCGACGCGUGAAGCAACACUGCAGCUUGUGCACAUGUGGUUGGAUUCGCGAGCCAUCAUCCGCGAGCUUUUAGACCCAAUUAUUGCUCGCCUUAAAUCAGCAGCGAAGCAUCGAGAUUUGAACGUCAACACUGAUCUGCUCACUGAUAUGGAAAUUGAUAGCGAUAGCGAAAAGGAACAAGGGGACUGGCAUCAAAGCGGAAGCGAUGCUGCACGACUUGGCUUUGGACUUGUCUUUUGCUACAUGUUGCAAGUGCCUUUUCUCGGACCAUUUGCCUGGUUUAUGGGUUUUGCUUCUGCUGGAUUGUUUGCUCCAGAACUUGUUGAUCUUGGUGCAUUUAGCGGCACCAUGAAGAAGAAAAUGAUGUAG